GCAAAAAUGAAAAACGAAAGAAAAAAAGAAAAUAUCUGAUUCGAUUCGAACAGAGAGGAAAAAGAAGACGACUUGGAUCAGACGAAUCCAUCGUAUAGAUCUCAGGCGUCGAAUCUCUCGUCGCCGUGAUAAAUGUUCCCGGAGGGAGCGGUGUUUUCCGAUUAAUUCCGAUAAUAAAUCUUCUCGGCGAGGGACAAAAAUGGAUUCCGAGGAAACGGAGGAGACGAGGAAAAAGGGGUUUUUCUCCCCGUUAGCUCAGCGGUUCUGUACUGUGAUAGCUUUCUCCAUCGCCAGCUUUUUCUUCUUGUCCUUUGUCGUAGGUUUCUUACUGAUGUUCCUCGGCGAAUUAUGGGUUUCUCCCUCUUCAGCCACUGUCCCUUAUCGCUGCAAGAUAGUCUCCAGUUCUGUGGAUCUUAGGUCAUCUAAAGUGUGUGGCAUUGGACUGUUGAACAUCAAAGCUAAGCAUGUGUUUUACCCUUUCGAAAGAGAUAAGUUCCGUUGUCGGUAUGACUACUACUGGGCUUCUGUCUUUAAGGUGGAAUAUAAAGAUCAUUUGUUGGGACAAACACGAUUAGCGUAUGCAGAAGCACCAAAUGAGGCGCUUCCUCUCGAGUGCAGACCUAGUUUCGGUGCUGCUUGGCUGGCCAAAGAUAACUUCAAGGUGAAUGAGACUUACGAUUGCUGGUACACAUUGGGCAUGCCAAAGAUAAAGUUGUAUCCAGACAGUUUCUUUACUUGCCGGGUAGACAAUGUUCCAGAUAUACCCGAGAUUGUUAAACAAUACGCUGUCCUAUUCUCUAAAUUCUUAUGGUCAUUGUUUUCGGGAGAAGAUAAACCAAAGUACUGGAGGCACGACGUGGUUGCUGGCAUUGUCUCUGGCCUGUCAACUUCCAUUGUCACAAUCUUCUUCGUACAGAUCCUACAACAUGCAAAAUCUUGGUUCUCCUUGCGAGGCUCUUGUUCAGACAGGAGACCAUCCCGGAUCAAUCUGUUGGUACAUUUGAAGCGUGCGUGUUUCUUCGUUGCUUACUUCUCCGUGGUUGGAUGGAUGGCUACCCAGUACUUGAAAAUGCUCAAAACCUCUGAAAGGCUUAGUGUAUCGCCCAUCUCUGGUUGAUAUUCUACAAGAGAAUCCCGGGAUCUUUUUCCUAGAUCGAUGAAGAAUCCUCAUGGCUGCGGAUUUUAGUCAAUGGAAUAGGCAUAUGGGAGAGCCUUUAGAUUAGAUUCUAUUGUUCUUGGAUUGUAUAUACAAGCAGCUUGUUUCAAGAUCUUGAUUCUCGAAGUACCCAAGGAACAGGUGUUUCAUGCGUAGAAGAAGAGUUAUUGAUACCAGAAGUCAAGAUCAAGUCUGGACUAGUAAUUUUAAGACAAUGACUCAUUUCAGAUUCAGAAUGUAACAGAAAAACACGCCCAUCAGGUUCAGAAACAGGGUGUUUGAAUGGAUAACAGUUGUAGAACAGUGAACAGAUCUCAUGAAAUUUAUACAGAGCUUGUGAUGUU